AUGUGACCCCCUGGGUCGGCCUCCUAAACGCCCUCACCUGCUGCAUCCAGCCAUCCGCGUCCAGUUUCUGGCUCAGUGUCUGCGCAGUGCCCCCUCAGCAUGCGCCCGCCGCGCAGCCUUCUCCUGGUGGCCACCCUGGUCCUGCUAAACCACCUGGACCACCUCAGUUUGGCCAGGAGCCUCCCCACAGCCACACCAGGCCCAGGAAUGUUCCAGUGCCUCUACCUCUCCCAAAACCUGCUGAAGGCAGUCAGCAACAUGCUUCAGAAGGCCAGCCAAACUCUAGAAUUUUACUCCUGUACCUCUGAAGAGAUCGAUCAUGAAGAUAUCACAAAAGAUAAAACCAGUACAGUAGAGGCCUGCUUACCACUGGAAUUAACCACGAAUGGGAGUUGCCUGGCUUCCAGAAAGGCCUCUUCUGUGACGACCCUGUGCCUUAGUAGUAUCUAUGAGGACUUGAAGAUGUACCAGGUGGAGUUCCAGGCCAUAAAUGCAAAGCUUUUGAUGGAUCCUAAGAGGCAGAUCAUUUUGGAUCAAAACAUGCUGGCAGUUAUUGAUGAGCUAAUGCAGGCCUUGAAUUUCAACAGCGAGACUGUGCCACAAAAACCCUCCCUUGAAGAGCUGGAUUUUUAUAAGACGAAAAUCAAGCUCUGCAUCCUUCUUCAUGCUUUCAGAAUUCGUGCAGUAACUAUCGAUAGGAUGAUGAGCUACCUGAAUUCUUCCUAAAAAGCUGAGAGCUCUCCCAACCUUAAAGUCAUUUUUAUAAAAAUCUGAACCAAAGAAAUUUUAACAGAAUGUGGGUUAAGAACUAGAGAGAGGGUGGCUUUACCUAGUCC